AUGCAGGCACCCUGCUCACUACACCCUGAUCACUACAACCUGCUCACUACAACCUGCUCACUACAACAUGCUCACUACACCCUGCUCACUACAACCUGCUCACUACACCCUGCUCACUACACCCUGCUCACUACAACAUGCUCACUACACCCUGCUCACUACAACCUGCUCACUACACCCUGCUCACUACAACCUGCUCACUACACCCUGCUCACUACAACCUGCUCACUACAACCUGCUCACUACACCCUGCUCACUACACCCUGCUCACUACACCCUGCUCACUACAACCUGCUCACUACACCCUGCUCACUACACCCUGCUCACUACAACCUGCUCACUACAACCUGCUCACUACAACCUGCUCACUACACCCUGCUCACUACAACCUGCUCACUACACCCUGCUCACUACAACCUGCUCACUACAACCUGCUCACUACAACCUGCUCACUACACCCUGCUCACUACACCCUGCUCACUACAACCUGCUCACUACACCCUGCUCACUACACCCUGCUCACUACACCCUGCUCACUACACCCUGCUCACUACAACCUGCUCACUACACCCUGCUCACUACAACCUGCUCACUACAACCUGCUCACUACAACCUGCUCACUACAACCUGCUCACUACACCCUGCUCACUACAACCUGCUCACUACAACCUGCUCACUACAACCUGCUCACUACACCCUGCUCACUACAACCCUGCUCACUACACCCUGCUCACUACAACCCUGCUCACUACAACCUGCUCACUACAACCUGCUCACUACAACCUGCUCACUACAACCUGUUCACUACACCCUGCUCACUACAACCUGCUCACUACACCCUGCUCACUACAACCUGCUCACUACAACCUGCUCACUACAACCUGCUCACUACAACCUGCUCACUACACCCUGCUCACUACACCCUGCUCACUACAACCUGCUCACUACAACCUGCUCACUACAACCUGCUCACUACACCCUGCUCACUACAACCUGCUCACUACAACCUGCUCACUACAACCUGCUCACUACAACCUGCUCACUACACCCUGCUCACUACACCCUGCUCACUACAACCUGCUCACUACAACCUGCUCACUACAACCUGCUCACUACAACCUGCUCACUACAACCUGCUCACUACAACCUGCUCACUACAACCUGCUCACUACACCCUGCUCACUACAACCUGCUCACUACAACCUGCUCACUACAACCUGCUCACUACAACCUGCUCACUACAACCUGCUCACUACAACCUGCUCACUACAACCUGCUCACUACAACCUGCUCACUACACCCUGCUCACUACAACCUGCUCACUACAACCUGCUCACUACAACCUGCUCACUACAACGGGCACAACAGAACGGCCCAACUGCUUUUUUCCUGCGUAAUAACUACAAUAACCGUAACUGA